AUGCUGAUGGGUUUCUGCAAAGAUCUAUCACCCAUCAAGUACAUUAAUUACCAAAAUUUUAGAGGAGAAUGUUUCAAGAGAGCCCAUUUGUUAGAACUUCUCUACCACAUGGUUGCACGGAAGCUACAACUUGUACCUGAUUGUGAGCAGGAGGAGCCAAAAUCAGACGAAGAGAUUGGCUGGUUUAGAAAGGCCUUGAAAUCAUUCUUGGCGGCACUAAUUUAUAUUAACUGGGCCCCGCUCUGCCUUCUUAGUAAAAUUUGCAAGUCAAAAGCAAUCAUGCUUCUGGUUACACUACCGAUUACAAUCCUCUCGUAUGUUUUGCAUCUUGGAAACAAGGGUGAUAUAAAAAAUCUCAUAUCAUCGGCAGGGGGUGUGGCCGAAGAGGUGGAAAGUGCAUCUCAUAAGACUAAAGAAGAAUCGAGUCCUUUGGUCGAAGAGAUUGCAAUCCCAAGCGUGACACAGCUUCAUAAAGUUGGUGUCAAAUUUCGCCCAGCGAAGGGUGGAUUGGAAUCCAUAAAUUUCGACAAGUGUUGUGGUAAAUUUUACCUUCCGGUUAUUCAUUUGGAUGAUAACUCGGAAGUUGUGCUAAGGAACCUGGUAGCCUAUGAGGCAUGCAUGGCGCCGGAGGCUAGGUGA